AUGUGUUAAACAUCAAUGGAAGAGGAAUACAGCGUAAUAAGCAAAAUAGGAUGUGGGAUUUCAGCUGAUGUCCAAUUAGUUUCAAGAUCUGGAGAAUUGAUGGCACUGAAAGUGUUCAAGGCUUAAAAAGAUCAACUAUAUGAGAACGAGAUUCGUAUAAUGAACAAGUUGAGUCACAUUUCUGGAGUAAUUAGAAUAAGAGAAAGUCAACUAAGAGGGUGCAUAAUGAUGGAUUAUGCUAAGUACGGAAACUUACUAUAAUACUUACAAUAAUCAAGAUUGGAAGAAAACAUAGCCAGAAAUUUCUUCAAACAGAUGAUAUUCAUAAUUGAUAAGAUUCACAAGAUGGGUGUUGCUCAUAGAGAUUUAAAAUUAGAAAACAUAUUAUUGGAUGAUUAAUAUAAGUUGAGGAUUUGUGAUUUUGGAUUUGCUGUUCAAUAUUUAGAUGAGUAGGGAAGAAGAAUAAAAGUGACUGAUUAUGUUGGGACACCUUAAACUGCAGCUCCAGAGAUAUACCUGAGACAACCAUAUCACCCAGUGGAGGCAGAUUUGUUUUAGUUAGGAGUUAUUUUAUUUUAAAUUUGUGCUGGAUCUAGUCCUUUUCAUAAUGCUAACAUUAAGUGCGAUCCAAAUUAUUAGUUCAUCUAUAGAUAAUAAAUCGGAAAGUUUUGGGAGAAGCAUUAGUUUGAGUUUUCAGCUGAAUUAAAGGAUAUUAUAGUCAAACUUCUGGCCUUUAAUCCAAAUCGGAGAUUAUCAAUUCCUGAAAUUCAGUCUCAUCCUUGGAUGCAAGGUGAAGAAGCUGAUUCGUCCUAAAUCAUAGAUGAAAUGGAAUACAGAUGGUCAUUGCUCUCUUUGUAAAUCUGAUAAUUAAUUACUAAAACUUAUAAUAACAUCUUUAAGUUAAAUAUAUAAUAAAA